AUGAAUUCUUUUGAGGAUCUUCCAUGCGAAUGUAUUCUAGAGAUAUUUUUAUAUUUCGAAGAUAAUUAUUCAACACUUUAUAAGUGCUUACUCGUCAGUCGUUAUUGGUGCAAAUUAGUAGUUCCUAUAUUAUGGCGUAAUCCUUUUCACUAUUGGAGGAGCAGCUCUUCUCGACCUGGAGAAAAUCGUAUCGAAAAUAACUGGCACUUAUUACGCAUAACUUAUAUUGCAACGCUAAAUGAAGUUGAAAAGGAAACCCUACACCAAUAUGAUAGACGAUAUAAUCACUCGCAACCGCUGUUUCAGUAUUCAUCGUAUUUAGAAAAAUUUUCAUUUGCAGACAUCGCAAAAAUAAUAGUAGAAGGUUGGAAAAGACGCGAUAAGUCUGCUAAUCUAUUUACAAAGAUACGCAUCGAAAGGCUCGGAAGAAUCAUGACUGCCAUUUUUCAAUUAGUCUUGAGAACUGGUUGUUUAAGAGAGAUUGAAAUCCUCGAUUAUUAUGACGAAAAAUUUACUUACGUUAUAUUAAACGUCAUUUCGUUUUUUUCCUAUCAACCCAUAUUCUCACAAUUACGCAAUUUGACAAUAAAUAUUAGGCAAGGUCCAUAUCUUAAGGAGUUAUUAAGAAAUUCGUCAAAAUUGUUUACCAACCUUGAAAGGCUAGAAUAUAAGUUUGAAACAACAUGCAGUAUAGAUCCUAGAACCGUGAACUCAUUUGCUGACAUCAUAACCGCACAAUCUAAUUUAAAGUAUUUUUCAAUGGAAAUUCAUGGAAUAGACUAUCAAAGAAGAUUUAUGAGUCAUUUGGAUUCUCAGAAGGAAUCUUUAACUUCACUUAAUUUACAAUUCGUCAAUUUCUCAAUCAUUAGUCUGAAUAGCAUUGCAAAGUUUACAAAGUUAGAAACCAUGGAGCUACAUAAUUGCAUUUGGAUUACGAAGGGCAACUGUGAAAUGUUUAUGAAAUCACCGAUACAACUCAAGAGUUUAACGUUUGAUACCCAUUACUUCGAUGAUACGCUUUUAGCUACACUCAUCGAAAAAGCAGGCAAAAAUUUGUUGAACUUGUACAUUGACAAGAUAACCGAAAAGGUGGUAAUGUCACUGUCUCAAUUCUGUCCAAACAUAUCCAAAUUCACGUUAUGUUACAAGUUACAAGACUACAGCAUGUUUAUGGAUUAUUUAAAAGGGUCCAGGAUAAGCCAAUUAGUCAUUAAUUCUUGCCGUGUUUCAAUCGGAUCACUAAAUUUUUUGGCAAAAUGUGUUCCUUCUAGCUUAGAAGAAAUAUAUCUUUGUUGCCAUUUUAGACCGGAGUUUCUCGGAAAAUUUUUACUAGACUAUAGUGAUUUAUCAUUCAACACAUUAAGGACUUUAGGUAUUAAGGAUCCUUACGGUUAUUCUUAUGAAUACCUUAAGGUAAUUGAGCGCCAUUCUGUGUACAAUGGAUUGAAAACUAUUGUGAUAGAAACUACGGUAUAUAUAGACGAGUCGUCGGAUUUAAUUCAGAACAUUAUAAAGAAAGGAAUUAAUAUUCUUUUGCAAGAGUUGUUUUAG